ACCACAAGUUUUGCUAUUUUGUAUAUCUCUAUACUUAUAUAUUAUAUGACAAUGGCUCCACCUAAACGUACCACUGUUGCUGAAGAAGGUAAUCAAGGCGAAGAGACACAGAACUCUGCUGUUAACGCCUUGCCGGAUUUAAGACUUCCUCAAUUUGAUCUGGCUGAACCACGUGUCUGGUUCACAAUCAUUGAACAGUUGUUUGCAGCUCGAGGUAUUACGUCGCAGAUUGCCAUGUAUGGUUGCGUAUUAGCAGCAAUUCCCACGGAAGUACUACGAGAGGUUAUCGAUGUCAUAGACAGCAAACCUACAGACUUUCAAUACGACAAACUAAAAGCUGCACUCAUCCAGCGGACCACUCUCUCCGAUGAGAAACGCAUACAACAACUACUUACUUCGUGUGAUCUAGGUAAAAAAAAGCCAUCUCAACUACUUAGACAUAUGCGCCAGUUGAUUGGGUCACACAGAGUAGAUGAGUUAAUUCUACGUCAGAUGUUCUUACAACGUUUACCACAAAACGUUCAACAAAUCCUAACAAUAUCUUCUAGGACGACAGACCUUGAAGAAUUAGCUAAGAUGGCAGACGAUAUCAUGGAUGUGUUAUCAAAUAAUGGCAUAAAUAGCGUGUCUACAGAGGCAGUACCACCAAGCCCUUCCACAUCUAUGAAGGACGCACCAAUGUUUUGGUUACUUUCCCAGUUAACAUCUCAAAUGCAAGACUUACGACUGGAAGUGUCCGAGCUUCGAGCACAAAGGAACCAGUCACAUACGGUAUCCAAGCAACGGCGAUCAAGAUCUAGACGACGUUCUAGAACACCGUCUCAAAGCCGUAACAUUUGUUGGUAUCAUAGGAGGUAUGGGCAUAAUGCCCUGAAGUGUCUUCGACCGUGUAUGUACAACAGUAGUAACUCAUCUCAGGGAAACUCCCCAGCCAGACAGUAAUGGCGACGGCUGUUAAUGGCAAUCACCCCAGUCGCCUUUUCUAUGUGAG